AGAUUCUCCAUGUGCUUGGAUCGGAAGUUUUCCAACGUUUUCAAACGUUUGUUUGUGCUGGCGGUCUUAAAACAAAACGCAAAAUGAAAGCAGUGUGUUUGUAAUAACUGACGUGGCAGUUUUUAUUCUCCUGAUUGCAUUUUCUUCUCUAAGUACCUGGAGAUUUAUAGAGAGCAAAGCACGUGUUGGAACUUUACCAGCGUUAUUUUGAGAAUACGUAGAGAUCUUGGCGAGCAAGAUGGUUAUAAUGACAUCAUUUCCUCCGCCUACUGAGGGUUUGCAUCAUGUCCAAGAGAAAACGGAAGCUUUUGUCCACGAUAAAUCAUACGGAGUGGGAACUUUAUACAUAGCAUCUGAGAGACUGUCUUGGUGUGACUCAUCUGGGCAAGGCUUCUCACUGGAAUAUCCAUCAAUAUCUUUACAUGCCAUCUGCAAGGACACUUCACAGUUUCCUCACGAAUGUAUCUACUGUAUGAUGGAGUCAUCUUUAAAUGAUGAUGAGAAUGAUGUUGCAAGUGAUGACAGUGACGACAAAGUUGGAGAAGUUAGAUUUGUUCCUGAGGACAAGUCAGCAUUGGAUGUCAUGUUUAAAGCUCUGUCAGAGUGUCAGGUCCUUCACCCAGACCCUCAAGAACAAGAGGAAGAAGAAGACUUUUUCUGUGACGCAGAUGAAGGAGAGCUGUCAGAACAAGGACAGGCAACACUUGAAAGACUGGAAGGUAUCAUGCAAAUGCCGAGUCAGGAAGAAUUUGUGGAAAUGACAUCAGGAAGGAAUGGACACUACAUUAACGGUCACAGCAGUGUACCAGCUGAUGCCGAGAUGGAACAUAGUGGUGCAGAUCAAGAACAAUUUGAAGAUGCUGACAAAUGACACCAUAUUAUCAUAUUACAUGACAGCAUUUCACUAUCACACAAAAGCAUGCAGAAGACAUUUUUGUCAAUCAAAAUAGAUGGAAGAUUGAUUUGUGAUGCUUGACUUCAUUUUGCUUCAAACAUUUUAGGUUCUAUCCCUGAAGGGUAGAAACAACUGUACAAUAUUAAAGACUCCAUGUUUGGCAUCUCCCAGGUAUUACUUUUUCUCAGUGUGUCAAGCUGUUCGUGUACAAUGUAGGUCUAACAAGGCCAUUUGUUUCUUCUUAAGAUGUCCAGAUAAAAAUCAUCAGCUAUUGUUUAAGUUGUCUUGUUGUACCUCAGAAUUCUUACAGCUACCAUUGAAAGACCUGUGGGGCAAUAACCAAUGAGAGUUUGUAUUUUGAACUUACAACUUAAAGGUUCAUGUCUUCCCUAAAGCCAUUUAUCUUGUAGCAAUGUUGUUAUUGAGGUAAUGAUGUACUUACUGGACUUACCAAGUAAAUAGAAGUGGUUCAUCAUUUAACAUAAAAUAACACUGAUCUCCUUUGUCUUUAAAGUGUUAUACAGACUUGUCCAAAACAGGUAGUCAGCGUUUUCAGAAUAAAAACUUAGUAUCCUUUAA